AUGUCUGAGACACUUGAGACUGACCCAAACUUCUGCAGGGAGCAUCCCGCCGACGAGGUCUACGUGACCGGUACCUUUGACAACUGGACUAAGAGCGUUCAGCUCGAAAAGAAGGGCGAUGUCUUCUCCAAGACAGUUGACCUGAAGGAGCCUGAGGGCAAGAUCUACUACAAGCUUCCCCCAAUUUUCCCAAUUUUGCGAAACAUUCACUCUGCAUUGGGUACUGGUGGAAAACCACCCGUCAUUGUCCUGCCAUUAUCGCCAGCGCUGGAGUGGAGAUCUUUCUCAGCUCUUCAAAGUCAUAUUCGGAUGGCGGGAGGAAACAUUGUUACCAACCCCAACGUCUUUGCGACUGCUGUUGCUCAACCAAGCUGGAUCGUCUCGCGCCGUCCCCAACCAAAGACCCCCGCGGUUCGGUAUGACGCAAGGCGACCACGAUCGCGACAGUUCUGGACUGCUGGAACCUCGUUAUUCAUCGUCGACGGUAACUGGAUCAUUAACCAAUCAGCACCCAACGAGCCUGAUCUCGAGGGUAACGUCAACAACUUCGUCACUCCCGAUCAACUCACAAGCAAAAGCGCAACCACCGCUAUCCUCAACACCGUGACUCCUACUUCCACAACUGCUGCCAUGGCUAGCGAACAACCCAUUGAGAACAAGGCCACUGAGCCCAAGACUUUCGAAGACAAGUCUGACCAUGACGAGAAGCUUCCUCUCGAGACCCCAUCUGACAUUCCUGGCGGCUUUCCUAUCACACCUGCGAACGAGCUCGACAAGGUUUUCGGCGUCAACCCUCUGCCUGCUUCCGAGGGUGCGGGAAAUCCCAUCAAGCUCGAGGCUGGCGAGAAGAUUCCUGAGUCUAUCACCACCCAGAGUACUGACAAGUACGUCAAGCUCGACAAGGAGUCUUACGAGAAGAGCGACGCCCUUCCUGGCAUUGAGACUGACAUGCCUCCUGUGCUUCCCAACACCAUCCCUGAGUCUGGUCUGCCCAUUAUUGGUCCCGAUGUUACCCUGAACUCUGUGGCUCCUACUGCCACCACCGCUGGCCUCGCUGCCGAGGUUCCCCUCGAAUCCAACGGCGCUUUCGUCCCCGAGGUUGUGAGGGAGAGCCAGGAGAAGGCCGGUGCUGUCACUGAGGCUAGCACGGAUCCUACAGAGGUUAAGGAGAAGACUAUGGUUGAGGAAGAACUCAAGGGCACUGUUCCUGAGGCACCCGCCACCUCAGUAGGAAUCGCUGGUCUUGGCACUGAGAAGUCCGAGAACACACCCGAGACCGGCCUUGCCGCUCUGGCCGCUACCGCCGGAGGUGCUGUCAUUGCCGCUGGUCUCGCUGCUAAGGAGACCGUGGAGGGGAAGGCUAUCCCUGCCCUCAACAGCGCGGCCGAUGCUAUCACUGAUACUGCCAACAAGAACCUCCCUGACUCCGUCAAGGAGCAGCUCCCCAUUGCUGCUCAGCAGACUCUGGCUGCCAAGAAUGAGGAACAGAUCCGACAGGAAGUUUCCCCCGAGGUUCCCGUCGAGGUUAAGGAGUCUCUCAUCGAGGCCGGCAAGGCACCCGAAGCUGCUGCUAACACUGCCGCUGUUGAGGACAAGAAGGAAAUGGAGGCUGAGCUCCUUAAGGAGGUCAAGCCUAUCACUGGUAUUUACGACUCUGUCGUGGAGCAGCCAAAGGAGGAGCCCAAGGAGGUCUCCCCUGAGGUUCCUGUCGAGGUCAAGGACUCUAUCGCCGAGGCUGGCAAGAGCCCUGAGGCUGCUGCCAACACCCAGGCUGUUGAGGAGAAGAAGUUGGUCGAGGCCGAGCUUCUGAAGGAGGUCAAGCCUGCUGCUACCAUCGACGAGACACCCCAAGUGGCCCCCGAGGUUCCUACCGAAGUCAAGGAGUCCAUUGUUGAGGCCGGUGAGCGCCCUGAGGCUGCUGCUAACACCGAGGCCGUCGAGAACAAAAAGGAAAUGGAGGCUCAGCUUCUUAAGGAGGCCCAGCCUGUUCCUGCCGCUGAUGAGGCCAAGCCUGAGCCUAUUGUCGAGCCUAAGGAGACCAAGGUUCAGGAAUCCGAAUCUGUCAUUCCCGCUGUUGUUGCACCCACUGAGACCAAGGCUGAGGAAACCAAGCCCGUUGCUGUGCCUGUAACAAAGACCGAGGAGGCUAAGCCUGUGGCCAAGACAGAAACCCCUGCGGUCGGUAACGGCACCUCAACAACUGGCAACGGCACCUCAGCACCUGGAAAUGGAGCCAAGGCUGCCGGAACAUCGGCCAACGGCAGCAGCCCUGCGGCUAGUGGUAAGGAAAAGAAGAAAAACCGACUCAGCUCAAUCUUCAGCAAGAUCAAGAGCAAGCUGUCUGACAAAUAG